AUGUCGAGCUCGCAAGGGGGAGACUCGAAACUGUUCGCUCGCACCACUACUCUCCUAUCAUGCCCCUCCCCCGCCAUGAUCAUCGACGCCAUGUUCACUCCUUAUCUGCCUCCUCCGACUAGAUACUUACCCCGCGUGCAGGGCAAAGUCGCCGAGCUGCGCUUCGAGCUCAACAGCGGUGGCAAAAAGGACAAGCACCACACCGCCAAGCGCAUCGCCCUCAAGAAGAUCGUCGCCAACAUGACCAUGAGCAACAACGACAUGGUUGCCCUGUUCCCAGACGUUGUCGCCUGCAUGACCAUCCAGGACCUCGAAAUCAAGAAGAUGUGCUUCUUGUACUUGGUCAACUAUGCCCGCAUGCGCCCUGAGGUCGCCGUCAAGGCCAUUCCUGUGCUGGAGCGGGACAUGGAAGACCCGAACCCCUUGAUUCGCGCGCUGGCCCUGCGCACCAUGUCGUAUAUUCAUGUCCGUGAGUUCGUCGACGCCACAGUGCCCAUCGUUAAGCACAUGUUGCGCGAUCCGGACCCGUAUGUGCGCAAGACGGCCGCCUUCUGCAUCGCUAAGCUGUACGAUCAUGACCGCCAGAUGGUGGAAAAGUCCGACCUCAUCGACCGGCUUAACAGUCUGCUCCGUGACGACAACCCCACCGUGGUCGCCAGCGCCUUGGCUAGCUUGAUGGACAUCUGGGAGAGGAGCGAGAAUAUCAAGCUGACGAUCGACUAUACCAAUGCGUCGAAGAUGGUUGCUAUUCUGCCGGACUGCUCGGAAUGGGGCCAAACAUACAUUCUCGAGGCGCUUAUGACCUACGUCCCCCAAGAAUCUGGCGAAGCCUCUCUCCUCGCCGAGCGCAUUGCCCCUCGCCUUUCCCACAGCAACUCAGCCGUCGUGCUAACCGCCAUUCGUGUGAUUCUCUAUCUUAUGAACUACAUCUCCGACCAGAAGCAAAUAUCCGCCCUCUGCCGGAAACUCUCUCCUCCGCUGGUGACCCUCUUGGCCAAGGGCCCCGAAGUCCAGUACCUCGCCCUGCGCAACGCGCUCCUCAUCCUCCAACGCCGCCCCGAAGUCCUGCGCAACGACAUCCGCGUCUUUUUCUGCAAAUACAACGAUCCAAUCUACGUCAAAGUUACCAAACUCGAGCUAAUCUUCAUGCUCGCCAACGAAAAGAACAUCGAUGAAGUCCUCACCGAGCUCCGCGAAUACGCGACCGAAAUCGACGUCCACUUCGUCCGCAAAGCUGUGCGCGCCAUCGGAAAGCUGGCCAUUAAGAUCGAGCCCGCCGCCCGGCGCUGCAUCAACCUUUUGCUCGAGCUUAUCCAGACCAAAGUGACCUAUAUCGUCCAGGAGGCGACGGUCGUCAUCCGCAACAUCUUUCGCAAAUACCCGAACCAGUACGAGUCCAUCAUCUCGACCCUCUGCGAACACCUCGAUUCCCUCGACGAACCCGAAGCCAAAGCUGCCAUGGUCUGGGUCAUCGGCCAAUACGCCAACCGCAUCGAGAACGCAGACCAACUCCUCGAGGACUUCCUCUACUCCUUUCACGAGGAGCCCGUCGAAGUCCAGCUCGCCCUGCUCACAGCCACAGUCAAGCUCUUCAUCCAGCGCCCCACAAAGGGUCAAGACCUCGUUCCCAAAGUCCUCAAAUGGGCCACCGAAGAAACCGACAACCCCGACCUGCGCGACCGCGCAUACAUGUACUGGCGCCUGCUCUCCACAGACAUGGAAGCCGCCAAGCGCAUCGUCAUGGGCGAGAAGCCACCCAUCACAGCCGAAUCCGAGCGCUUAGACCCUGCCACGCUUGAGGAAAUGUGUCUAAACGUCGGUACCCUAGCAACAGUCUACCUCAAGCCGGUGCAAACCGUUUUCCGGAAUGCCCGCCCCCGGCGGCUGCAGGAGUCUCCUUGCCUGCAGAAGAAUGAUUUACCUGGUCCAGUGAUCGGGAUCAUGGGUGAUGCGACAAAGAGUUUGAGCCAGUUUGGUCAUGGGAGCCAGGCGAUUUUCAGUCAUGCAGCACCAGCUGCUAGUGCCAGUCCUAACCCGCAGAAUGGAGGAGGGAACAUGGCGCAGGCGGUGAACCAGGCGGAUGCUUAUUUUGCGUCACAGAUGCAGAAGAUGCAGAUUCAUGAUGGGGGAGAUGCGUUUGGAGGGGCAAUGGGGAGCGAAGGGGGAGGAUAUGUGGUGAAUCAGUAUGCGCCGCAGACGGUGUAUCAGCCGGCACAGAUAGCGGCGAAUAAUCAGGAUUUGUUGCUCUAG